GUGGCGCGAGAGACGCAACGCGCGGCGUUUGAUCGCGCGCUGUCGCUCGGGAACAACGUCGUGCCGCUGUAUCGAAGGAUUUUUGACGAUCAGCUGACGCCCAUCCUGGCGUAUCGACUGCUCGUCAAGGAGGACGAGCGCGAGGCGCCGAGCUUUUUGCUCGAGUCCGUCGUCGGUGGGACGCAGAUUGGACGCUAUUCGUUCCUCGGACGACGACCGGUGAUGGAGGUGACGGCGAAGGAUUACGAGGUGACGGUGACGCGACACGAGGGCGGGGGGGCGGCGAGCGAGACGACGACGGAGCGGGAUCCGAUGGAGGUGAUGAAGCGAAUCGGGGAGAGCUGGCGAGCGUGUAAGACGCCCGGGUUACCGGAUUGCUUCGCGGGUGGAUGGGUCGGGUUCACGGGGUACGACACGGUGAGAUAUCAGUAUCAAAGCAAGCUCGGUUUCGAAGGCGCGCCGAAGGACGAUAGGUCGCUGCCGGAUAUUCAUCUCGGAUUGUAUAAGGAUGUUGUGGUGUUCGAUAACGCCACAAAACAGCUCUAUGCGGUACACUGGGUGAUGGUUGACGAAUACUCGAGCGCCGACGAGGCGUACACAACGGGUAUGGACGCUUUGGACGCGAUGAUAGACGACUUGCAGCCGUCCAAGUCCCCGCCGAUGAAGCAAGGAUACGUCAACUUGGAGCUAAAUCAGCGACCGAGCGAACCAAAAGAUAGCACGAUGACCAAGGAUGAGUUUUUGGGGGCGGUAGCGGCGACGAAGGAGCAUAUCAAAGCGGGUGACAUCUUCCAACUCGUUCUCAGCCAUAGAUUUCAACGGAAGACGUCCGUGGACCCGUUCGAAGUGUACCGAGCUUUGCGAGUCGUCAACCCGUCGCCGUACAUGAUUUAUUACCAGGGUCGAGACUGCAUCCUAGUCGCAUCGAGCCCUGAAAUCUUGUGCCGCGUCGACAAGGCGCGCACGGUGGUGAACCGUCCGCUAGCGGGAACGCGCAUGCGAGGGAAGACGCCUGAAGAAGACGAGGCGCUCGAGGUGGAUCUCCUAGCGGAUGAAAAGGAGCGCGCCGAGCACGUUAUGCUCGUCGAUCUUGGGCGAAAUGACGUCGGUCGCGUAUCCAAGGCUGGUACGGUCAAAGUCGAGAAGCUCAUGGAAAUUGAACGCUAUUCUCACGUGAUGCACAUUUCCUCUACUGUGACGGGUAACUUAGUAGACGACCUCGGCCCGUGGGACGUGCUCCGUGCAGCGUUGCCCGCGGGCACAGUCAGCGGCGCGCCGAAGGUCCGCGCGAUGCAGAUUAUCGACAACUUAGAGGUGACGCGUCGCGGUCCGUACGGUGGUGGCAUCGGCUACGUAGGCUUCACCGGCGAGAUGGACAUGGCGCUCGCGUUGCGCACCAUGGUCGUUCCGACUCGCCAGGCCAAAGAAACUAACGGUUCGCGCGAGUGGAUGAUUCACCUUCAAGCUGGCGCUGGGAUCGUCGCGGAUUCCAAUCCAGAGAGUGAGUAUCAAGAGACUGUCAACAAGGCGGCGGCGCUCGGUAGAGCCAUCGACCUCGCGGAGAGCGCGUUUACGGAUUGA